UUGAGUUUGAACCUCGUGACUUAAGAAAUCGUGUUUCUGUUCUGAUACCGUCGUUUCGUAGCCGUAGUGCAUGAGAAGAAGACAAACUACGUUAAGUCUUUUAUAGCCAUAUUUCUGUUGCUGUACGUAAAAAUAUUGAAAAAUUUGUUGAACUUACAACGAGCGCAAAGGAAAUGCCUUACCUCCCAGCACUUCCCUUCAUAAGACCAUGGGAGCUUCUGCUGGAAAAUGAGCUGCCAUCGUUACCAGAUGUCUUCCGUCAAGUUCUGGUGGCUCACGAGACCAACGGGCGACGCUAUGACGAGUUGUCCCAUACCGCUUACGAAAUCGUUUCACGCCAACACGGCGCAGAACUGUACGAAAUGUUGCAGGGUAUGAUUGUUGAAUAUCUCAAUCAGGUUCGCGAAGAUGUUACUCAGCUAUCCGAAGACGAAUUUCUUGCCGCAUUAAAUACCACGUGGAACCAUUUUAAAAGAGGUUUGUCACUCAUCAAGGUUAUUACGGCGUACAUGGACAGAGCGUACGUAAUACGCAAUGAGCUGGACAAUACAGAAAAUCUGGGUUUCCGAAUCUUUCGGGAUCACGUUGUUUAUCAUGAAGGCAUCCGUGAAAGAGUACGAGUGAAUAUGUUGGAUAACCGGCGCCGAGACAAAAUUAUUGAUGGACUUGUACUGCGCAAUGCGUAUGAAAUGCUGAUAGAUCUCGGCAAGGGAACGGUCGAAGUUUACCAGGAAAUCUGCGAACACCCGUAUUUAGCGCUGUAUGCCCACCUUUUGAGCUCGGUGCAAAACAUGGGAAGCCAAGAAGUUUGCUUGUAUGGCCGCAAGCAAUACCACUACAAUCUUCUCGAUUACAUUGGAAGCGGCGCCUUCGGAAGAGUGUUCAAGGCAGAAGUAACUAAUCGGGUUUUACAAGAAGAAGCUCCAUCCGUGGCGGUAAAAGUAUUUCCGUUGCGUGCUAAAGUGCAAAAUGAUCCGGCAGCCUGGAAUGACUGGUGCCGGCGACUAAGAGUUCUGUCGGAGCUAUCUCAUUUAAAUCUUGUUCGCUACCACAAAGUCGCUGUAGUCCCCACAAGCGACGAUCGACAAGUUCAAAUUGUCAUGGAUCUAUGCAACGGUGGUGAUCUUGCAAAGUUAUUGGGGCAGCACAGAGAAAAGAACACACUUCUUGAGGUUGACAAAGCCGUUUGUUACGCAGCGGACAUCGCCGACGGUUUAAAUUUUCUACACUAUAAUAAUAUCAUCCAUGGGGAUCUGAAACCGGGAAAUGUCCUGGUACAGUCCGAUCGGUUAGUAAUUGGCGACCUGGAUGGUAGCAUACCCAUGCAACAGUUUGUUACCUGUACGGCUGAUGCCGAAAACCUUGCUGGUACUCUCCACUACAUGGCACCGGAGGUUCUCGGAAAGCUGCUCACACUUCCGACAGAGGAGAAACUGGGACGAAAAGUGGAUAUUUGGAGUUUUGGGUGUAUCCUUCUGGAUCUGGCUGAGCGCGUUAUUGGAGUGGGUAAAAAGUACUUGUGGAAAGUGAACCUGGACGGUACCACCAUAAAGAAAGAAAUCGGGGCAAACACGACAAAAUUUGGGUACACCAAGUUAUUACUGAACGAAGGCUAUUCUCCGUUUGUCGAUCCUGAUAUCCCGGCUUACUGUUUCCUUCUGGCAAAAGGGAUUGAAAAAUGUUUGCUCCGAAAGCCGGAUGAUAGGAGUUCGGCUGAGGAAUUACCGGGCUUACUGAGAAUAAAAACGCAACCAACUAUACGUUGCACCUUGCCCCGAGCGGAGGAAAGCAAUGCCGGUCAGCCACCGGGUCCGGAUACACGUGGAAACCGAGCAUCUGGAAACGUCUGCAAAAGAAACCGCGAUGAUUCGUUGCAGAAAUCUAACAAGCGGCGGAAUUCCCGUGGUGAUUCCAUGGUACCUUCCGUUGGGAACCUACUCAACAUAGCAUCCUGCUGACCUUCACCAAGUACAACUAGGUCGUCAUGCAGCGAUUUUGUUGACCGGUAAUAUGAUAUUACAGAUUCAGCUGUCGAUAUCGGCGUUACUGCAAUUUAUGGGUAUCAGUACUUAUCAUUAAUUUUGUAAUUGCUUUGUUUAUGUUUAAGAAGCCAGCUAAUCAUCGUAUAAGUUGCGUUAUCUAAUUGGUAUACCCCACUGUGACUGAUUAUUUCGGCCAGUGACCGUUUUCCGUGAGAGUUGCAGGACUGCAUGUUUUUAUUGAUCAUUAAUUUGGAUUCAUUAAGCGUGGGACAACUGUAGAAACUGGAAGACUUGGAACGAAUUUAUUAUAAACGGGGCACGCUGAAUUAAUCUGACUUUAAUUUCGGCUUUUUCGCUUUUCAUCAUAGUAAAAUUAAUAAAUGUCUAACGAAGUCAGCCGGUUAGCAAAUGUUUUGCGAUUAUGACAAUGGCAACCAUGGUUGGAUCGGUGACCUUAACUUUUUUCUGCUCUUGUUAUUAGCGUACACAUACUAGCAACAAUAGCGUAUAACAUCACUGGUAAUAACAACCAUCAAAGCUACAAAGCAGCAAAUGUUGUCGGUUUCGCCUUGCUGUCAUAUUUUAAAUCAAAAAUCGACCUUGAAAAGAAUUUUUUACGAACUUCAACCGAUUUAAACAGAAAAAAUCAGCCAUUUGCACAGGGACAGCCCAUUUCCUAACCGCUUGCACGCAGCCAGAACCCGUGUAAACACCGGUAUGUGCAAUCAACACCGCAGUAACGACGUAAUAAUACUUAAUUGCGUCCCCGUCUAGCAGCGCGCCCUGUUGGUUGUCGCACCGCACUAUAGCACGCAUGUAACCGGCAAAACUGUCCGGACGGAUAAACCGUCCGC